AUGUUAAUACGGAAUAUGUGUUUGUCAAAUAUAAUUAUUGGUUUCUUUUCAAUCCCUUUUCAUACAACUCUGUUAAAAACAUGGUCCCUAGCAGACAUUUUAUGCCCGCUUUGUGCAGUAGCCCAAGUCUUUUCUUCUUCUGUAACAAUUUUCAGUUUGACUGCAAUUGCUGUUAUUCAAUAUCGUGCGAUUAUGAAACCUCUUAGUGCCAAUUUAAAAAAACGCACAAUCAGAUUUUUAAUUAUUGAAAUCUGGAUUAUAUCUAUAUUAAUUGCAAGUCCAGUCGGUAUUUCUAGAAGAGUAAUUGUCUUGCACAAUGCACAAAAUCGUAGUGAAACAAAUGAUAGACAUGUGUGUAUGAAUAUUAAUAUAUCUGAUAAUUUGAUGUUAAUAUACUCCCUAUUUAUGACAUUUACACAAUAUAUUAUACCGUUGAUAACGAUGUGUACUAUAUAUAUAAGAAUCGGAUUGAAACUUUGGUAUGCCACACUACCUGGGAAUCCAGAGUGUUCACGUGAUCAAAAUUUACACCAUAAUAAAAUUAAGACAAUUAAGAUGAUAAUUACAAUUGUGAGCGUAUUUGGAAUAAGCUGGUUCCCAUUACAACUAUACAACAUUAUUCUGUAUUUCGACGAUUCAAUUAGGAUGUACAAACACAUUCGUCUCGUAUGGUUUUUCUGCGACUGGAUUGCUAUGACCAACUGCUGUUCCAAUCCAUUUAUUUACGCGAUAUAUAACGAAAGGUAUGCUAAAGAGUUGCGCGAUGUAUACAAUAGAAUACGAAGGAUGUUCUCCGAUCCACCGCCAGUUAAUGAAAUACAAAUGUUGGAACUAUAA